CGUUAAGGUCAGGUUAGUAAUCAGAGAUAGAAAAAAAUCAUAUCUCUUCUCUCUCCAUCUCCAGGAGCGUAAUAUUUAUACAUUAAAAAACAACAACAACAACAGUAAAAUAAGAAUAAAAAACAAGACAUUUGAAAACACUGAAAUGUAUGAAAGUUUAUUCAAGAGUCCCUUAAAACGUAUAUUCGUUUAUGGUACCCUCAAACGUGGUGAACCAAAUUAUGGUAUAUUAAUUAAUCGUGAUAAUGGACAUGCUAAAUUCAAACCCAAAACUAAAAAAUAUCCCUCUGGUUAAAAACCAAAUACACAUUGGUUCUCUUUACCAGAUACAGGACACCAAGUACUGGGUGAAGUUUAUGAUGUUGAUUCUAAGAUGCUGGAGAAGUUGGAUGAGCUUGAGGAACAUCCAAAGUUUUAUUUAAGAACAGAGGAAAAUAUUAUGAUGACGAAAAAUGAAUCUGAUGUUAAUUUUGAACAGGUAGCAUGUGUGACGAAAGCGUGGAUUUACUUUUUACCAAAGUUUAAAUCUGAACUUUUAAAUUUAACAUAUUUAACAUCAUACAGCAAUGAUGGUGAUCAUGGAUUGAAAUACGCUGAAAGGUAUGCUCGAGAUAAAUUUUACAAUCAUCGAAAUGACGUUCAAGAAUGCAUAAAUGAUAAAGAGUCUUCACGUCCAGAGGAUGUAAUGUAAUUUAAUUAAUUUUUAAAUAAAAGAAUUUCAUGUAAAUACCAUUGUGAAAUUUUAACUUAAAAAAUAACCAAAUA